ACUACGUAGCCUUUCAGCGGAUCUGGGAUCUGGGCCGACAGCAAGUUUUUUUUUGGAGGCUGAAAAAACACGUAGCCACCCCGGUAUGUUUGUAAAUGGAGUGAUACUGACUGUCGGAGGACUGUAAAAUGCACCUCGAAUAGAUUUGAUGAUGAAGGCUGAUCUGCAGUAGAUAGUUUAACUUUGGAUGGAGUGUAUUUCUCUAUCCAGCUCACUCUAUCCAGAAGCACUGAGGGGGAUCGGAAUUUACCGGUGACAAGUCUGCGAGGAAAAAAGGAAAAGUUGAUCCACUCGUUACAUGGCGUAACAUUUUUUAAAAACCCGUUUGUUUUGAAUCAUAAGGAAAGAAAUCAAGAUUUAAAGCGUACGUCGAUGAAAAGGAUCUUUUAUAUAGGGGCAACUCCAACUUAUCCCCUUUGAGUUCUGCUUUAACUUUGAAGAACAGCUCCAACCAUGGCGAAAAAGUAUGAUUUCCUUUUCAAAUUGUUACUCAUCGGGGACAGCGGAGUGGGGAAAACAUGUCUGAUCAUUCGUUUCGCUGAGGACAAUUUCAACUCCACGUACAUUUCCACCAUCGGCAUCGACUUUAAAGUGAAAACCAUUGAAGUGGACGGAAAGAAAGUGAAACUACAAGUCUGGGACACAGCAGGGCAGGAGAGGUUCAAGACCAUUACAACAGCCUACUACAGAGGGGCCAUGGGCAUCAUCCUGGUGUACGACAUCACAGACGAGAAGUCCUUCGAAAACAUUCAGAACUGGAUGAAGAGCAUCAAAGAAAAUGCAUCAGCUGGGGUCAGUCGGAUGUUGCUAGGUAAUAAGUGUGACAUUGAGGCGAAGCGGAAAGUUUCCAAGGAGACAGGAGAAAAGCUGGCUAAGGAUCAUGGCAUCAGGUUCUUCGAGACCAGUGCAAAGUCCAGCAUUAAUGUCGAGGAGUCUUUUCUGGCUUUGGCACGUGACAUACUACAGAAAUCCAGCAAGAAACCAGGCCCCACAGGGCGAGAGGUGAAGAUCACCAGCAGCACAGAGAAAAAAACCUCCAAGUGUGUUCUUCUCUAGAUGUGCCAGCUAGCACACAGAAGAUAAUGCCAUACAAAUACAGAUUUAAGAACACACCAGUAUUACUGGAGGAAUACAGCGCAACACGUUUUCUGUCUCCAUCUGGUGGACUUAAAAGUCAAAUACACACAGGUGCAAAAAGUGCUUUUAUAGCUAAACAAUUGAUACUCCCUUUACAAGAGUUUGUACUUUUGUUCCCCAAGAAUUUGCCAUAAAAAAUUAUUUAUAGAUUACUCCUUUGAGAUAGUGCCUGUAUUACACAUGGAACAUAUUUUUUGCGAAUUCUACUGUGUGUAAAAGUCAUGAAGAGUUGGUGAAGUGGAGUCUUCGAUGGCCCUAAACUGAGCCCUGAUGCAAAUUCAAAAACCAGUCCCCACAAUGUUUAGUACGGUUGUACAUUUCUAUUUCUCACCCUGUAUUUCUUUAGCUUAUCACCACAUUAUGAACCCUACAUCACCACUGUUUAAUGUCUUGGAAGAACUUCAGCUGUGUUUUAAAAGUCUUUUCUGGACUGGGUAGCUCUUUAGUAAAACAAACAACAAACAAAUUUCAGCUUAAUGGAACCAGUUCAUUCACCGCGUAAGUGUGAGCACAUGCAGUAAUAGCUUUUAGUAGUUCAGUGGCAGAGGAAGAGUUUGUUAUAAAGUAUUUUGAUUCAUUACAUACAGUUCACACAGCAGGCUCCUGGUUGUAGUCUUUUGCCCAAAAUGUCAUUAAAUUCAUGGGGCCACGGGCAUUUAAAUGAUUCUGUUAGAUGGAAAUUAGAUGGAAAUGCUAAAAUGAUUGAACAAUAAGUCAUGAAACACCUUUGUUUGGCAAUGCAAUUUCAAUUUUUUGUCAGUUGACUGUUUCAAAUUCAGAUGGUUUGUAUACUAUUACAAGAGCACAGAGAGGUAGACAUCCCAUUCCUUAAGUGCCAUAUGAGAAACGGGACAUAUUUUGCUUCUCAGCAUUUUUAGUGGCUCAUACAUACUUUGACAAAUAGAUGUCAUGAACUGAACAUUGAGCUUUAAAUGUUGGCUGAAGUUAUAUUUACAUUCCAUUAUGGUUAUUUUGUGCAUAUCCGUUGAGAAUUGAUGAGAUGUUUCAGUAGUGCACAGCAUUAUUAUAAUGCUGUUAUGAUGCAUUCUACAAAAUCUACAGCCCCAGAUGACUCUGAACACGCUGAGUGCAUGACAUAGAAAUUUCAUUGUUACAUCCUAUAAGAAAUUGAAAACAUGCUCUUUGCGUUAAUGAUUUAAACAAGUUCAUGUCGGUUGUUUGUUGAGGCUGAAGCAAACACUUUGUUUUAAUAGAUGAAGGGAUUGAGAAUGUGGAGGAUGGAAACUGAGAUAAGUGCAAUAUGAGAGGGAUGAGUAGAGAGAUAAAAGAAUGAUGGAUAAAGCAAGUGAAUAGACAGGAUGUGAGAGGCUGGGAAGCAGUGGUGCUCAUCUGUCCCUCAUUUGGAAUUGAUUUAGUGGAUCUUGCCUUUUAUCUGAAGUGCCUGGUAAAUCUCUGACUAAACACUACCACACAUUUUCUACAUCAGACUUGACAGUCUUCCUCUUCAGGAAAUUUUCAGAUCAUUCAAAAUGACUCUGAUUACAGGUGCUCAUCUGAUCCUGACAGUUUUUUUUUCUGCCCAGAUAUACUAUUUCCUGUAACAAGUUUCUUUCACAUUCAGUGUAUUUUUAGUCCUGCCACAAGAUUUUGUCACUUGCUGAAUAAAAAUGCAAAACUGUAAACAUGA